AUGGACAAAUUAGCGACCAAAAUUAAUUUACUUAUUGAAAAUGAGUUAGAGGGGCUGAAAACAGCACAUAAUAAACAUAUACUUUUGGAGAACAUCAAAGAAAGGGUGCUUGAAGCUGUUAAUGAGAAACAGAAAGGAAUUCGAGAAAGUAAUAACGAUCACAGAAUUGAUUCAAAUCUUACAAGACGCGUAGAUCUAAGAGGAAGUGGUGAAGCUGAAGUUAAAAGUUAUUCCAAUGACAAUUUACGAGAAGUCGGUAAUACUUCUUUCAAAAGUGUAACAACUUCGCCAAUGUGUAAAGAUAUUUCUGAUCGUACUUGCUUACAAAUAAAAAGUAUGAGUAACUUGAAAUGUCUUUAUGAUGAUAUAAUUGUACCUCUUCAUAAACUAUGCGAUGGCAAAUUUGAUUGUCCAGAUAGUUCAGAUGAAAAAUAUUGUGGAUCUCAAGCAAUGGAAAGAAUGCAAUACUCUGAUCGUGUAGUAACGAAUAUCAAGUCCAAUCUCGGAAACAAUAACUGUUUUGAAAUGGAUGACAGCAAAAAUAUUUCGUCUGAAAGUUAUCAAAUCAUUAAAAAUGUACUGAAAAUGCAAGAAGAAUUUAGAGAAAAAUAUAAAAAUUCCUUUCAUAACGAUAAUUUGAUUCUGAAAAAGGAUCCUAAUGAAGAAAACGUAAGAGUUAAAUCGAAUGAAAUUGCUGUAACAAUAAGUUCUUUUGCACUAGCUCUGGAGAGCGCGUUAUGUUCGUCCAAAUCUGACGAAUAUCAAACCCGAAGAAAAACUGAUAUCUUGGACAACAAUAUAGGUCAAUAUAUGCCGAAAAGACCUUCUUGGCCACCAAAAGGAUGUAAAUGUAACACAGAAGAAUGUACUAACUGUACAAACGCCUGCAAACGUAUUUGUUCGCAGCAAAAUAGUCUCACAUCAUGGAAUUGUGUGUCAAUACACGGCACUAAUAAAGUAUCCUUAAACUCGUUAUGUGACGGCAAAUUAGAUUGUUUGGAUGAAAGCGAUGAGAACGAUUGCAUGAAAGGUACUGGUUACGAGAAAUUUGAGGCACACGAAAUAUAUGGCAAUGUUCUCAAGAUGCUAAAAUUAAAAUCUUCAAAAGAAAGCCUACCGACGCAAAAUAAAUUGUUAGAACUUUGGAAUUUAAUCUCCAAGUUACAGCAACUCACUACAAAGUAUAUACCUGAUACUACAGCGAUAAAAAAACUUAGGAAUAAAUGCUAUUCCUCAUUAAAGACAAUAUAUUCAGAUAUAUUGCUCGAAUCGUACGCUGCUAAUGAGGUAGAAGAGGCCUAUUUAUUUUUAAUGUCUGUUAACGAAAAUUUAGGGGCUGCAUUAAAACGAUCCAAUACAGGAAACAGUAAAAUUAUAGCUGAUGGAUGCUAUUGUAGGAACGGACUAUGUGCUUCAACAAUUUGUUCUAAAAUAUGUAUUAAAGCGUGUACAGUUGAACCUAAAUUAACGCGAUAUUAUUGUGACGAAAGCUAUACUGCGACAACGUCUAUAGAUGAUAUUUGUGAUAACAAAACGGAUUGUCGUAAUGGUUUUGAUGAACUCAAUUGCAAAAAAGAUGAGAUUUGUCGUCGUCACCAUCUCAUACUUCUACGUCAUAGCUUACGAGGAAUCGGCGAAAAUCUUAAAGGAACCGCCUUAGGAGAGCUGCUAAUUUCUUGGAAAACGAAGGUUAUAUCGACCAUAAAAGUUGUUGAAAAAAAUAGAAGACCAAGACCGAGAGUUUUAAAGAACAUCGUGAAAGAUAUUCUUAGAGAUUUACUUGUAACCUACGGCACUCUUGAGGUAUAUCGAAGAAGCAAUACCGAUUAUGCUUUGCCGGAGUUCUUGCUCAUUGCUCAAAUUGUAAUGGAAUCUCUGAAAUCUUGUGCGAUCGAAUUUCUCAUAUCGCAUCAGUCGUUUGAGAGACGCGCACGCAACAUGGCAGACAGAUAUUACGGUUUUGGUGGAAGACCACCACACGGCUACCCACAAGGGCCACCGGGAUCCGGUGAUCAACCCCAUCCUUACCCCUACGGCCCCGGAGUUGUUUUCUAUCCAGUUCAUCCCGCGUAUUUCUACCCUCCUCACCACCACUAUCCCCCACCAGUACCACCCCCAGAGGCAGUCCAAGUAGUCGAUUCUAAUCCAGAAGAUGAUGUACCACAAUUACCCGGAGAGACGGUCGAGUUGCCAUGGAGCACAUAUCGUUGGGUUCCGGCAUGUUUAAGCCAGAGGAGUAUCCCAAUGGGAGCUCUCCGUGUUGGCACUGACGUCGAUGGAGACGAAAUCUACGCGGGCAGAGCUCACCACGAAGGGGACAUUCUCCCAGCCAAGGUCAUUCCUUCCAAGAAUGCUUGCUACAUCGCAUACAACGGCGAAGAACUACCCAAGGAUCAGUUUGAGGUACUUGUUCCCGCCAUGUUCUCAUGGCAGUUCUCCACCGACGGCAACGUGCCCCCAGGCGCAGUUGAAGCCGGUGUAACUGCUGACGGAGAGAAACUUUUCUUCGGAAGGGUCAACCAUGAUGGCUGCACCACUCCUGGAAAGAUCCACCCAAGCCAUGCAACUUGCUACUACCCCUUCGAUGGUGAAGAGAGGAGCUCACCCGAGUACGAAUGCCUCGUCCUUAUGUAAAGGAUUGGACCUAGAUUUAUAGUCUAAUAGCAACACCAAGGACAUUAUAAAAUACAUAUAUUUAAGUACAAUAAAUCACAAUGAGUAUUAUUCAUUAAA